AUGGAAAGUGUGAGUGUGUGGUGUGCACUGCUGCUCUGCUGUCUGUCAGGAGCUGAACUUGUGCACAGUGAGACCAGUGCUCAAAGACAGUCCAGUCCUGAGAGUGUGAAGGCCUCAGAGCAGCCUCAGCCCUGUCCAUCAGACCUCCACGCUGUGCUGCGAGAGAUGAGCGCCGCGUUGGCCGAACAGAGAGUCAGGAUCCAGCAGCUGCAGGCUCACAACCAAGUUCAAGAAGCCAAACUGACAGAGCUCCAGAAGCAGACCAGUGAGCAGCUAAAGGAGCUCCAGAAGCAGACCAGUGAGCAGCUAAAGGAGCUCCAGAAGCAGACCAGUGAAGUGCUGCCAAUCAAGGAACAACUCACAGUUCAAGAUUCCAAACUGACAGAGCUCCAGAAGCAGACCAGUGAGCAGCUAAAGGAGCUCCAGAAGCAGACCAGUGAGCAGCUACAGGAGCUCCAGAAGCAGACCAGUGAAGUGCUGCCAAUCAAGGAACAACUCAGAGGCCAGGCCACUGAGCUGAACAGUGUGAAGGCUCGCACCAACGAGACUGAAAACCAAGUGGCGUCACUUAAAAGAGAGAGAGAAGUUGGACAAGUGGCUUUCUCCGCCUCUUUAUUGGCCUCAGGUGAAAAAACCCUCGGACCAUUUAACACUCACACUAAUCUGGUGUUCAGAUAUGUGUUCUCAAACAUCGGGAAUGCCUACAACCCAAACACAGGAUUCUUCAUUGCACCGGUGCGAGGGGCCUAUCACUUUGAGUUCUACAUCGGGGCUCAUGGUGCUUCAGAGGCUUCUGGGGCAACGUUGGUGAAGAAUGGAGAACAUAUUUUUGUGGCUUAUGAACAUCAGUCAAAUGGUUUUGGCAGCUCAUCUAACGGAGCCACACUGCUGCUGGAGCCUGGAGAUGUUGUGUUUCUGCGUCUUUGGUCCGGUACAAGAAUCUAUGAUAAUGAAAAUCGCCACAACACUUUCAGUGGUCACCUGCUGUUCUCCAUGUGA